AUGCUUGCUGCCACCAUCAUGGCAAAGAUCAAGGCCUGUCAUCUACAAGGGAAGGACGAAGAGGAGCUGCUGAUGCAACUGGAUGACCAGAAGCCGGAACAGGCUCGACACCACAUGGUGAGGGUCCUGGGGGAGACAGAUUUCAAACUCUUCAAGAUAGAUGUGGUCUCCGAAUCCAUUGCCAGGGCUGUGGCUGUUAUCAGUCAGCACCCAAAGGAGGACUUGAGGACAUUUUACAAAGGCAGAAAGAACAAGCCUCUUGAGCAGUGGCCCAAGAUGACACAUGGUUGGCAACACAUGCAAAGUGAGCACAAAGAUAGUCUGAGACCAAAAGCCAUCAACAAAAGGAACAAACCCAGAGUUUCACUGCUGGGGUAUAAAACUGCUGUGUACUAA